AUGGAAAUAUCUACUAGUUCCUUGCAAACAGUUCUUGUUGCUUCUAUACAAACCGGAAGUGACGUUCCUAGAAGAUUGGCUUGUUUCGGUUCCUCGGAGGUCUGGAUAAGUGGCAUAGAUGACGUCAUUGAAGGCUGGAACAUGGAGGAAGAAUUUGCAGUGAAAGAUAUAUUUCAAACCGGAUCUGGACGUCGUCCGACCGACCUUACCGUAGAUUUUAAGGGUAGACUUAUGUACUCAGAUCAUUAUCAAAGAAAAAUCUUUAAAAGGAAAAACAGACAUGUUAAGGAGGUGAUGUGUUUUAGGAAGUGGAGACCCUCGGGAAUAUGUUACACAUCGAAAGGCGAAUUGUUGAUUGGUUUGUCAAAUAAAAACUACUCAAAGAAACUGAUCAGGCGAUACUUCGGAAGGAAAUGUAUUCAGGAAAUUCAUUUUGACGAAAACGGAAUUCCCUUCUUCAAGCCUGGAGAUCUGGCCAUUUUCGUAGAAGAAAAUAAAAACACUGAUAUCUGUGUUACCGACUGUCAAGCCAAAAGUGUGUUAGUAUUCGACGAAUCGGGGAGUGUUCGAUUCAAAUACUCGGGAAGUCACGUGAUAGCCGAAUUUAAACCAGGAUGUCUGGCGACUGAUUCUUUAUAUCACAUUUUCAUUGUGGACACAGGGAACGAUUUGAUCCAUGUACUGGACCAAUAUGGUCAGUUACUGGGAUUCAUUGAUGACGCAUGCGGGGUUACAGGCACCACGGGCAUUGCAGUAGACAGUGAAAAUCGAGUGUGGGUAACUGAAUGCCACACCUCCAAAAUUAAAGUCCUCAAGUAUUCCUAG